UUACUUGUUCUGUGUCAGCAUUUAAUCAUUCAUUAGUGAGAAGUUCCAUAUAAUAUGCUUUAAUGGCGGGGAAAGUGAAUUUGUUCUAUGUAGUUAAUGACCUCUUUACCCUUGUUCUCUGUUUAAUGGUCAAUAUUAUUUCAAUUAAAGGUCUGAGACUGGAAAGAAGCUGUGACACUGCAGCUAGAAACAUUAAGAUUACUCCUAGUCUGUGACUGUCCUGGCUGUUUCUGUUGAAUGCUGAGGAGAGGGCUGGAAGGCACGGCCCAUUUUACUUGUUGUUUGCUCUGUUUGUUUGUUCUUCYCCACCCAGCAUGAGUCCCUUCUUUGUGAUGUCUCUCCUCUUUGGCCUGACUUUUGGACAAGCAGCAUCACUUUGUGUUCCUUCUGAGUACACKAUCCAUGUGGAGAAACGGGAAUGUGCCUAUUGCCUGGCCAUCAACACCACCAUCUGCGCUGGAUUCUGCAUGACUCGGGACAGCAAUGGCAAGAAGCUGCUCCUCAAGAGUGCCCUGUCCCAGAAUGUGUGCACGUACAAAGAGAUACUGUACCGGACAGUGCUGAUCCCAGGCUGCCCUCACCACACCAUCCCCUACUACUCCUACCCUGUGGCUGUGAGCUGCAAGUGUGGCAARUGUAACACUGACUACAGUGACUGUGUCCGUGAGAGGGUCAGGACAAACUAUUGCACUAAGCCACAGAAGUUGUGUAACAUGUGAAACUUUCAAUGGAAU